AUUCUAACUGCAUGUUUUCUACGUGUGUCAUUAUUAUGCAUCAAUUGUGCGCAAUGCCUACGCAUUGGUAUUGAGCCGCCAUAACCGAAACUUUUGUGUGGAAUAUUAAAAUAUCACAACGAAGACAAUUGACUGAAAAGUCGCAUUUUAUACGCUGUUCUCCAUAAUAAACAGGCCAAAAUGGCAGACAACAGUAAUUACGAGAAUGAGGAGAUAAAUGACGUCGCAGAAGAGGACUUGCCGGCACCGUAUUCGCCAGAUAUGAACCCUGAAGAAAAUGGAGACGAAAAUCAUGAACCCGAGUCCGAGAAUGCAACGACCGAGGCAGAUGCACCGCCGCCGCCGCCUCCCGCCGUUGAAGAAGCCCCUCCCGCCGUCCAGAAGGUCUUACGACCCGAGGAUCAAAUGAGGUUAUACGUCUGGGCCGGAGAUGAUCUUAAAGGCUUAGGAGACGACGUUCACUGCCAGCAAAUCUAUAUGAUUCUUACCAUUAAGAGUGAAGUCAAUGAAAUGGCAAAGUUCCAGGUUAUCACAGAGACAAUUAAGAAAUCACCAGAGUUCGACAAAUUAUCAGUGGGCAAACUGCCAUGUCUCGUCGACCCAGUUAGCGAUCGUGUCAUAUCAGACGUCCAGACCAUUGUAGAUUAUCUAGAGCAAGUCUUCAGGGAACCCUGUCUUAUCCCAAAGAAGAAAGCCUUGCAGCAGGUUGGAAUCGAUUUGUACAGAAAAUUCACAGGGUACUUAAAGAACACAAAUCCCAACAAGGAAGAAGAGAUGAAGACUGCCCUCAACCGAGAAUUAGAGAAGUUAAAUCUCAAGCUGGAAGAAAGCGGAAAGAAAUACCUGGAUGGAGACCACUUGACACAGCCAGACCUUCGACUACUCCCAAGGCUUCAUCAUGUCAUAGUCGCUGGCAAGAUCUUUAAGGGCUACGAAAUCCCAGACGAGGAGAACAAGUACGGGCGCUUGAAGCGCUAUUUGGAGGACUGGAAGCAAGAAGAGGUGUACCAGGAGACAAAGUAUUCGGACCGAGACAUCGAAUUUGGCUGGUUCAAGACGAGAGGACUCGACCGAUUGUACAUCAAGACAAAAACAGGUUACAGACUCAAAUAAGGCAAGCUAUUCUUCUAGAUCAUGUUUCGGAUGUUUUGUUUUUUUGGUUUUAUUUGUUUUUGUUUUAAGGCCUGGAAUUUCAUAUUUUUUUUUUUAAGGCCAGGGCCUUUCACUUUGGAAGGGGCACAUCAAAUCCA